GGAGCUGGAUACCUGAAGAGAGCAAACAGUGAGCGUCUUCAUGAAAUAUUUAAUCAGGGAGCUGGAUACCUGAAGAGAGCAAACAGUGAGCGUCUUCAUGAAAUAUUUAAUCAGUAUGCAACUCAGGAAAAAAAUGGAGAACGUUAUAUGACCCCGUCAGAUUUUGUACGAAGUUACCUGGGACUUUAUACAGAUUCUGACUAUAAUCCAGAUUCAGUUGCUUUACUCGCUGGAAUUGUUGAUACUUCUAAAGAUGGGCUCAUAUCAUUUGCGGAAUUUCAAGCAUUUGAAGGAUUACUUUGUGUCCCAGAUGCAUUGUAUAAAACAGCGUUCCAAUUGUUCGACACAAAUGGAAAUGGAAUGGUUGCAUUUGACGAGUUCGCUGAGGUGAUGAAAAAAACAGAGCUGCAUAAAAAAAUGCCCUUUAAUAUGGACAGCAGCUUUAUAAAGCUCUACUUUGGGAAAGAUCGGAAGCGGCUGAUAACCUACGGAGAGUUCAGCCAGUUUCUCCACGACUUCCACGAGGAGUAUGCUCUGGAAGCCUUCAAGAAGUUCGAUAAGGACAUGCAGGGGUUUAUCUCCAUCACGGACUUCCAGGAGAUCAUGAUGAGCAUCAAGAGCCACCUGCUGACCAAGGAAGUCAAGGAAAACUUGAUCGCUGCAGCUACUACGGGGCAUGGAGGUCGUAAGGUGAGCUUCCCGUACUUCAUGGCCUUCAACUCUCUUCUAAACAACAUGGAGCUUGUAAAAAGAAUCUACCUGAAUGCGACCAACGGGCACAGAUACCAAGAAGUCACCAAGGAGGAGUUCCUUUAUUCCGCCCAGAUGAUGUCCCAGAUCACUCCCCUGGAGGUUGACAUUCUUUUUCACCUAUGCGACCUGCUUCGUCAAAACACCAAGAUUAUUUACAACGACCUCGUGGCCAUUACUCCGGAGCAAUAUUUCAAACAUAUCACCAGGCGGUUGGCGGAAAUUAAAGCAGUUUCGAGUCCAGCGGACCGUGGAAUAGGGACCCAAAUUCUGGAGUCAGGUUAUAGGUUCGUCCUAGGAUCUAUAGGAGGUGCUGUUGGGGCAACAGCAGUCUAUCCUAUCGACUUGGUGAAAACGAGGAUGCAAAAUCAACGCACGGGAUCUUUUAUUGGAGAGCUCAUGUACAGGAACAGCUUUGAUUGCUGUAAAAAAGUUAUCAGGCACGAAGGAUUCUUUGGUUUAUAUCGAGGUCUUGUUCCACAAUUAAUGGGAGUCGCACCUGAGAAGGCUAUUAAGCUUACGGUUAAUGAUUUUGUCAGGGAUAAAUUUAUGGAUAAAAAUGGAAAUAUUGAACUUUUGGGAGAAAUUAUUUCUGGGGCUUGUGCUGGAGGAUCACAAGUAAUUUUUACCAAUCCCCUGGAGAUAGUAAAAAUCAGACUUCAAGUAGCUGGAGAAAUUGCGGGAGCACAAAAAGUUCGCGCAUGGGCGGUAGUCAAAGAAUUGGGACUCUUUGGACUCUACAAGGGAGCAAGAGCUUGUUUACUUCGUGACGUUCCAUUCAGUGCAAUAUACUUCCCGAUGUACGCGCACACCAAAGCAAAACUUGCUGAUGAAGGAGGUUAUAACACGCCGUUAUCCUUGCUAUGCGCUGGCGCAAUAGCUGGAGUUCCUGCCGCUGCAUUAGUGACACCUGCCGACGUUAUUAAAACCCGAUUGCAGGUCGUGGCUAGACAAGGACAGACAACUUACAGCGGGUUGAUAGACUGCGCGAGGAAAAUUUACCACGAAGAGGGCGCAAGAGCCUUCUGGAAAGGCGCUACAGCUCGAGUUUUUAGAUCUUCGCCGCAAUUCGGAGUUACAUUGUUUACGUACGAGUUAUUGCAGAGGUUAUUCGUCGUCGAUUUUGGUGGAUCUCGGCCAACUGGGUCUGACUUAAAAGUGCCAUCUACCGGAAUCGCAGAUGAUCUAAAAUCAAAAAACAGCGACCAUCUAGGUGGAUACGAGGUCGCAGUUCCGAUAUUUUCAGGAAUCGAGACCAAAUUUGGACUUAGUUUGCCACGAUUCCAAGCUGCCCCUCGACCAAUUCCUAAUAAAUAAAUUAUUAAAAAAAUUUAUUAUUAAUUAUUAA